AUAUUCCUCAAAAUAGAACCUCAUAUUCCCCACCGCAAUUUAUCCUCUACACCCCUUUCCACACUAACACUCUUCUUCUAUUCUCCUAACCCUAAAUCCACCGCACAUCGUCGUCUUCUUUCAAAAUCACGAAACAGAAACACGAUAAUAGCUUGUACCUAGCCGCAGUAGAUCACCACCGUGAAGCUUUAAACACUUCGAAGCAAAUCCUGCGUAAUACGCCACCGUUUUGAACAAGGCGAAUCGCAAAAACGACGUCGUUUAUAAUCAGCUGAGGAAAAAAAGCACAAAGCGCAGAGAGAGAGAGAGAGAGAGAGAGAGAGAGAGAGAGAUGAGGGAGAAACAAUGUUGUUUGUGGAAUUUUUGUAUUUUCUUCUUUGGAUAGUGAAAGAUUCAAUUUUUUUUAAGAGAGGGUGCUUAUAAGUGAAAUAGAGAAAAGAACAGGGGUAAAAUUGGAAUUUGUAGAUGCAAACGGAGGCUAGGGUUGGAGUUGCGGUGGACGGUGGUGUGCGGAAGUUAGUGCAAAAACAACCGCCACCGCAACAGAUUGGGACGCUAUCUCAGCUCCUCGCCGGAGGAGUUGCCGGCGCUUUUAGUAAAACAUGUACGGCGCCACUUGCGAGAUUAACCAUCCUCUUUCAGGUUCAGGGGAUGCAUUCCAAUGUUGCAACUUUGAGAAAAGCAAGUAUAUGGAAUGAGGCAUCAAGAAUAAUCCAUGAAGAAGGGUUUAGAGCUUUCUGGAAAGGGAAUCUGGUUACAAUUGCUCACCGAUUACCUUAUUCUUCAGUUAACUUUUAUUCUUACGAGCACUACAAGAAGUUACUGAGGACGGUUCCUCAACUGCAAAGUAAUAAAGAUAAUGUCAGCGCAGACCUUUGCAUACAUUUUGUUGGUGGUGGGCUAGCAGGCAUAACUGCUGCUACGUCUACUUAUCCCUUGGAUCUUGUAAGAACGCGGCUUGCUGCGCAGACAAAUUUUAUCUACUAUAGAGGUAUUGGGCAUGCUUUACAAACAAUUAUCAAGGAAGAGGGAUUACUUGGGCUUUAUAAGGGACUUGGAACAACACUCUUGACUGUUGGGCCAAAUAUAGCAAUCAGCUUCUCCGUAUAUGAAAGCUUGAGAUCAUUUUGGAUGUCAAACAGAUCCGAUGAUUCACCUGUUGUUGUUAGUCUUGCUUGUGGCAGUCUUUCAGGCAUUGCAUCAUCAACAGAUACGUAUUCCUGAUAAUUUGCCUUUUGAUGUUUCUUGCAAUUGGGGUUUGCAUAUUCUUUUGAUAACUGCACCAAGUAUCUAACCAGACUGACCCCUAGAACCAGAGUCCAAGAUGGAGUUGUUAUUUUAUCUGGCAUUUGAGAAUUUAGUAAGGGAAGACAACAAAAGGACAUUUUUUUUCUGUUUUUCAAUAAAUUUAUUUUUGUCUUAAUAUCUUGCUGAAGUGAUCAUGUUCCCAAGUUUUAUUUUAUGACGUGUCUCCCCAAGGUAUGCAGCUGAUUCCGUCGAGGGAUGUCAUUUCUUGGAUGAACCUAUAUACCAUCCCUCGGUUACCAAAUGUGAGAGGUUUCCUCUUUGAGGUAUGCUUCUCACUUAGGUUACCUUCACCUAAUGUUUGGACGGAUAUCAAAAUUCUUCAGGACUUGUUGGCAUGUUUCUGAGGAAUCUGUUCUUACUAACCUAAUAGUAUGCUCAGCAAUAUCUUAAAUGAAGGAAAUUAUGGUAACAAAUUUUAAUAUAGUUGCUCAUGAUAAACAUCAAUGGAUAUCAGAAAUUGUUAAAAUAGAAAAGAACUAGAGUUCCUUAAAAGAAAUAGAAGCCAUAUAUUACCCCUUGGUAUUUCAUGUCAAAACUGUAUUCUAUAGACACUAACUUCAUGCAUACAAAACUCUAGUAGAACCAAUUUAUCAAUAGUAUUGUAAAUGUUUUGUGCCACCACUACCACAAGUCCACAACUGUAUGUUCAGGUAGGGAAUGUGGUUUUGCAUACUAGCAACUUUCCUCUCAAUCCCAAUACUGUUUACAUUUUCUCUCAUGUGUUCAGGAUUUGUUUUAAAUUUAAAUGCUGUUAUCAUAAGAGAGACUUGCUCAUCUAUACCUAUCUUGUCAAUUUGACAACAAAUUGUGGAGUCUUGUGGUUUCAGUACUUGUUUACUGCUGUCUUUCUUAGUCAUGACCUGUGAAUGUAAAUUUUUUAAGUGCAGGUUUUCAACUUUGUCAAAGAAACAGAAGAACCACUAUAAUAAUAAAUUAUGUUUUGUUUAUAUUGCUUAUUUCUUUCAAUCAUGUUUAAUUUUGAUAAGAUUUCUGGUUCUCACUUGAGUCAUUAUAUCAUAUUACCUAAUUUCGUGGUGCAUUGCACAUAAAAAGGGGUUUGUAACAGUGGAUCUCUUUUAGACUAGAAUGGAUAUGGUUCAAUUAUAUUUUUUAUCCUAUAUGCAGCAACAUUUCCCUUGGAUCUUGUCAGACGGAGGAAGCAACUUGAGGGGGCCGGUGGGCGAGCCCGUGUGUACAAUACCGGUCUUUUUGGUACGUUCAAGCACAUAUUCCGGUCGGAAGGUUUGCGUGGCCUUUACAGAGGAA